CUAGAAUAAUUCUUAUGAGCAAGUAUUAACACGUAAUAAAAAAAAGUGUAGUGACUAAUUAAACCUAGGGUUGGAAAUACCGAAGCAAACGCCUUUACAUGCGGUAGUCCGUUAUUCUCAUUUCUAUUUAUCACCUAAAUAUUUUAAAGAGCCAUUGAUUUACUUUUCCCUUCUUCAUUUUAAUCUUCCGUUCUCCCAAUUAACUUGCAUUAAAUUCGUACAUUCCUGCGUUCCCCCACAACAAAAAAAUAAUUAUUCAAAAAAAUCUACUCCUAUUUCCAAACAAACCGCCAUGCCCUUUCUUCUUCGUUAAGAAAAAAAUAUUUUCCAAUUAAUUUUUUUAAAAAGGAAAAAAAUUAACAUCAUUAUCGUCACUUCUUUCUUUCUCCCUCACCCAUUUUCGUCGCUUUUUUCCUGAUCAGUUGCCCAGAUCUGUUUUAUUCUCCUCAGAUCUGAAGUACUAUUACUAGUCUAAGCUUUUUCUGUUCUUCAAUGGUGGUUAACGCUAGAUCUCUGAAACGGAUGAAGCGCCGAGUUACGGCCGAGUUAUACGAUUUUUUGAAUUUUCCGGUACCGGAAUCUGGUGAUAGACUUUCUGGAGGUCCAUUUAGGUCUAACGUUAAAGCUUUCCUAGCUCGCCACGCGCUUCUUCCUUCUCCUUCAUCUCUUCUACCUCAUCUCGUAACGUGGCAGGUUCGUUUCCGAGUUGGUGACUCGGUAGAUGACUCAGUUCCUGGUGUUUUUGUUUCUCUCGAUGUUGUUGAAGAAGAUGUCGCCAGAUCUAGAUCUGUUUACUGUGACCAGUGCCGCGUUGUUGGAUGGGGUGGGCACCCUGUUUGCACAAAGAGGUAUCAUUUUAUAGUUAAAGCAGAUGAAAAUUCACUAGGUGGGUAUGUGAAGCCUUGUCCUAAAUGUGGAGAUGCGAUUCAUCUUGCUGAACCUAGGUGCAAGACAUGCAACCAUGUAAUGACUUGUGAUGAUAUUGAAGACUGGAUUUAUCACCAGUUGGAGGAUACUACUCAUCUAUUGCACGGUGUAGUUCAUGCUAAUGGAUAUGGACACCUUCUUAGAGUUAAUGGUAGAGAAGGUGGUUCAAGGGUGCUUUCAGGAACUGAUAUUAUGGGCUUCUGGGAUCGCCUGUGUAAAUACCUUGGAGUCAGAAAGAUCAGUGUCAUGGAUGUAUCCAAAAAGUAUGGGUUGGAGUAUCGACUCAUUCAUGCCAUCACGAAGGGGCAUCCAUGGUAUGGGAACUGGGGUUAUGAGUUUGGGUUUGGAAGCUUUGCUCUUACUCAAGAAGCGUAUAUUGAGGCUGUUGAAACUCUCGCAAGUACGCCUCUGUCAUGCUUCAUCUGUCAAGGGAGGAAGCCACGUACUCACAUUCAGGACUUGAUAUUUUUUUAUCAGUCCCUCUCAGAAGGAGAACUUGUAAAUGUAAGAGACCUAUUUAACUUUAUAAUGAGUCUACUGCAUGAUGUGCAAAAACCAUCCGUUGUCAGUGAAGACACCUUCAAGAGACGUCGGUCCUGUGCUCCUGGAAUACUUUGUGCAUGGACGGCAAUUGACAUCAAACGGGUCGAGGUUGCAAUGAUAAAAGUUCUACGUGCGGUCACAGGUUCCAACUGGGUGAGUUGGCGUACUCUGAGGGGAGCUGUUUGUAAAGCGGGUCCCCCAGAGCUACUGGACUACUGUCUCAAGGAACUUGGUGGCAAGCAAUCUUCUGAUGGAAUGACUGUUCAUGCUCGUUGUAACCCUGAUACUGGUGCACUCGAGUAUAGAGUUGAGUUGGGAAACUUCUCUUUUCAAGAAAAUUUGGGGUGUGCAAAUCCUUCUGUUUCGAACAGCCCUUUCCGAGAACAAAUCUUGCGUGACUUGAGAGUUUUGUACGAAGGUCUACUUCAUCCCCAGACGAUGAUGGACUUUGGAAACAAAGGGAAGAGGGAGUGUGCAUUCAGCGCAGCAUCAAGGCUUCUCGACUGCAAGCAGUUUUUGAAGAACUAUGAGCCUGAGUCCACAAUAUCCCUUGAGAAUCCUUCUGCUAUUUACAUUUUUUGCCAAGUGGAGCUUCCUGAGCGUCAAUCAGAAGUGAAUGCUGUGAAGCCACCUCCGGAACUUGUUGCCCUCUCCCCGAGUGCCACCAUUUCAGACCUUAAACGUGAAGCAUCCAAGGCUUUUCAGGAAGUUUAUGUAAUAUUUAAAGGAUUCCAGGCGGAAGAGCUGGUUGACUAUCGAGGUGUAGAGGAUUCCACCCAGGUCAAGCUCCUGUUUCCCUUCUUCGUAACUCUGAGGCUUCAGGGAAGAUGCCCUUUGAAGAAUGGGCUGGGUCGAUUUUGUUUGGAAAGAGGCAUCGAGCGUUGGACGGUGGAUUGCAGCUGUGGGGCCCGUGAUGAUGAUGGGGAAAGAAUGUUGGCCUGUGAUGUAUGCGGUGUUUGGCAGCACACUAGGUGUGCUGGAAUUCCGGAUUUUGAAAUCGUUCCAGCAAAGUUCAUCUGCAUUAUGUGUGGUGGCUCGAGAAGGGAAACUUUGGAUAAUGUGAGGUUGCACUGCAAGGAUGAGUCUAUGGUGGGGUGCAGUGGAGUCUGCGGCUGUGAUGGGAAAAGCUUGACCAUGCUGUUUGAUGUACGUUAGGUUAGGUAGUUUGCUUUUUUUGUUCAUCCUUGUAUAUAAAUGGUUUUUCUUGCCAAGGAAAGAAUAUGUGAAUAAAUUUUAGAAAGGGCCUGAAGAAUCUUUAUAUAUUUAUGGUUUUAACUAAUUUAGCUCUCCUUUUUUUUUUUUUUUUUUUUUUUUAUUUUUAUUUUGUAAAUGUUAUGCUCUUAUUUCUAUGAAGCUUUGUAAAUACAGAAAAGAGAAGUAGAAAAUGAAUGGAAAAAAAAAAGCAUUUUAA